GGGGCAGCUGGACCCGCCCUGGCUCUCCAGAGCACCUGAGACGCUAAGGGAGAGGGGGUGCGGCGGCAGAAAGCCUCCGCUCCCUCCAACCCCCACCGUCGGUAGCCGCUACGGGGCAGGCGGGAGGAAAGAUGAUUGACAGGCCCGCUCAGUGGCUGGGAAGCUAGAGGGAGGGACGAAGAGGGGACGGCUGAGUCUUCUUCUUAAAGUGGUUGGGUUGGGCCGCGGGAACUGCCUUCCCAGGCCUAUUGGCUUCCCUGAAUGGGUUGUUAUGGUAACAAAUGACCGAACAGUCCCUUAUGAAUCGGCCAAUGAGAAGGGCCGUCUUUUCCAGUGCGCCUCCGAACAGUAGAUGUUGCGAAAGUCCGGGUAGAGGCCGGAGAAGAAGGCGGUGCCAGGACGUCCUGCGGAAGGGCCGGGGGCGGGGCUCGUGACGUUGCCGGGCCAGCCAAUCACGCCUGGUUUUAUCAGCGGCCCCGCCCUUUUACCGCACAUUUCCCCUCCCCUAGUUCAUUUCGCACGACGCAGCGGUUGGGAACACAGACAUUUUCGGAGCUGGAGCCGCCACUGCCGCCGCCAUUUUGUGUCUGCGGAGAAAGAAGCUUCUGUGGCGGCUGGAAGUGGACGGAGAUCACCCGCGAGACGGCGGCGUUUCAUACCCGAGGUUCCCCCUGUGUCGUCCCCCAUCCCCCCUCCGCGGUCAGCAUGUGGUGAAGCCGGAGCCGCGAGAGAGCCGGGGAGAGGAAGAGGAGUCGGAAGGGAGGCGGGGUAUCCAGAGCGGCUUCAGCUUCAGCUGCAGCGGACCUCGGAGGGGGGCCGCGGCGCAAUGUCAGAGCAGACGCCGGCCGAGGCCGGUGCUGCGGGGGCCCGGGAGGACGCCUGUCGGGAUUAUCAGUCAUCGCUCGAAGACCUGACCUUCAAUAGCAAGCCGCACAUCAAUAUGCUGACCAUUCUAGCCGAGGAGAACCUGCCCUUCGCCAAGGAGAUCGUCUCUCUCAUCGAGGCCCAAACCGCCAAGGCUCCUUCCUCAGAGAAGCUUCCUGUUAUGUACCUUAUGGAUUCUAUUGUGAAAAACGUUGGAAGAGAGUAUCUCACUGCCUUUACUAAAAAUCUAGUUGCAACAUUUAUUUGUGUGUUUGAAAAGGUGGAUGAAAAUACUAGGAAAAGUUUAUUUAAGUUACGUUCUACAUGGGAUGAAAUAUUCCCUUUGAAGAAACUUUAUGCCCUGGAUGUCAGAGUCAAUUCAUUAGAUCCUGCUUGGCCUAUUAAACCUCUACCCCCCAAUGUGAAUACGUCUAGCAUCCAUGUGAAUCCUAAAUUUUUAAAUAAAUCGCCCGAGGAGCCUUCAACACCUGGUACAGUGGUCAGUUCCCCUAGCAUCUCCACUCCUCCAAUUGUUCCUGAUAUACAAAAGAAUCUUACACAAGAACAACUAAUAAGGCAACAGUUACUGGCAAAGCAAAAACAGUUGUUAGAACUUCAGCAGAAAAAGCUGGAGCUUGAGCUAGAGCAAGCUAAGGCACAGUUGGCAGUUUCUCUUAGUGUUCAGCAGGAAACAUCCAAUUUAGGUCCUGGAUCUGCACCAUCCAAAUUACAUGUUUCACAGAUUCCCCCUAUGGCAGUUAAAGCUCCUCAUCAGGUUCCUGUGCAAUCUGAGAAAAGCCGUCCAGGACCAUCCUUACAAAUUCAGGAUUUAAAAGGAACUAACCGGGAUCCUCGUCUGAACAGGAUAAGCCAACAUUCUCAUGGAAAAGAUCAGAGUCACAGGAAAGAAUUUCUAAUGAACACAUUAAACCAGUCUGAUACUAAGACAAGUAAAACUAUACCCUCUGAAAAACUAAAUUCAUCCAAGCAAGAAAAAAGUAAAUCAGGUGAAAAAAUAACCAAGAAAGAACUUGACCAAUUAGAUUCGAAAUCGAAAUCGAAAUCGAAAUCACCCUCACCUUUGAAAAACAAAUUAUCUCACACAAAAGACUUGAAAAAUCAAGAAUCGGAAAGUAUGAGGUUGUCUGAUAUGAACAAGAGAGAUCCAAGAUUAAAAAAACAUCUUCAGGAUAAGACCGAUGGCAAAGAUGAUGAUGUGAAAGAGAAGAGAAAAACUGCAGAAAAAAAGGAUAAAGAUGAGCACAUGAAGUCAUCCGAACACAGACUGGCUGGAAGUAGAAAUAAAAUCAUAAAUGGCAUUGUACAAAAACAGGAUACAAUAACAGAAGAGUCGGAAAAACAGGGGACAAAACCAGGGAGAUCGAGUACUAGAAAGCGAUCAAGAUCUCGAUCACCCAAGUCUAGGUCACCAAUUAUACAUUCCCCAAAGAGAAGAGAUAGGCGGUCACCCAAACGAAGGCAAAGAAGUAUGUCUCCAACAUCGACACCUAAAGCUGGAAAAAUUCGCCAAUCUGGAGCUAAGCAGUCACAUAUGGAAGAGUUUACACCACCUUCUAGGGAAGACAGAAAUGCUAAGAGAAGUACUAAACAGGAUAUUCGGGAUCCAAGGCGAAUGAAAAAGACUGAAGAGGAGCGACCACAAGAAACUACAAAUCAGCAUUCUACAAAGUCAGGCACUGAACCAAAGGAGAAUGUAGAAAACUGGCAAAGUUCCAAGUCUGCCAAAAGAUGGAAAUCUGGUUGGGAAGAAAAUAAAAGCUUACAACAGGUUGAUGAACAUAGUAAACCUCCUCAUCUGAGGCAUAGGGAGAGCUGGUCAAGCACUAAAGGAAUUUUAUCACCUCGAGCCCCAAAGCAGCAACAGCAUCGAUUAAGUGUAGAUGCCAAUCUUCAGAUUCCUAAAGAGUUAACUCUUGCAAGCAAAAGAGAAUUACUUCAAAAGACGAGUGAACGUUUAGCAUCUGGUGAAAUUACACAGGAUGACUUCCUUGUUGUUGUGCAUCAAAUUCGACAGCUAUUUCAGUAUCAAGAAGGUAAACAUAGAUGCAAUGUACGGGAUAGUCCUACAGAAGAAAAUAAAGGUGGAUUAAAAAAGAAACCUCUCUUAUCUGAUGCUGAAUUAACCUACUAUGAACAUAAAGCAAAACUGAAAAGGACACAGGUUCAGCAUUCAUUUCCAAGACUUGAUCUCUUAGAUCCUGAUAUUUUUGACUACCCUUUGACUGAUGCCUUGUUGUCUGGAAUAGAAUGUGAGCCAUCCAAAAGUAAACAUGCAAGUAGGAAUAGUGGAGCACAGUUUGACAGAAAAGAACAAUUUAGUGAAAGAGCAAGACGUCUUUCUCCUAUAUCUGGGAGUCGUACUUAUGCUGAGAAUCUUUCACCCCAUGAGGGCCGGAGAAGACAUGACGAGCAAGUCUCUGCUAAAGGUGUGCGAGAAGAGCAGAGAUCUCCAUUCAAUGAUCGUUUUCCACUUAAGCGACCUCGAUAUGAAGAUUCAGAUAAACCAUUUGUAGAUAGUCCAGCAUCAAGAUUCGCCGGCCUGGAUACAAAUCAGCGACUUACAGCUUUAGCUGAAGACAGACCGUUAUUUGAUGGACCUAGUAGGCCAUCAGUAGCAAGAGAUGGCCCAACGAAGAUGAUUUUUGAAGGACCUAAUAAAUUAAGCCCUCGAAUUGAUGGACCUCCCACACCAGCUUCUCUUCGGUUUGAUGGGUCACCAGGACAAAUGGGGGGAGGAGGCCCUUUGAGAUUUGAGGGGCCACAAGGUCAGCUAGGAGGUGGGUGUCCUUUGAGAUUUGAAGGUCCUCCAGGACCAGUGGGGACACCUCUGCGGUUUGAGGGCCCAAUUGGUCAAGCAGGAGGAGGUGGUUUUCGGUUUGAAGGUUCCCCUGGUCUGAGGUUUGAGGGAUCUCCAGGUGGUUUGAGAUUUGAGGGACCAGGAGGCCAGCCUGUGGGUGGUCUGAGGUUUGAGGGACAUCGUGGUCAACCUGUGGGUGGUCUAAGGUUUGAGGGACCUCAUGGUCAGCCUGUGGGUGGACUUAGAUUUGAUAAUCCCCGAGGUCAGCCUGUAGGUGGACUUAGAUUUGAGGGGGGUCAUGGUCCAUCAGGGGCUGCGAUUAGGUUUGAUGGACCUCAUGGUCAGCCAGGAGGUGGAAUCAGAUUUGAGGGCCCUUUGCUACAGCAAGGGGUUGGAAUGAGGUUCGAGGGCCCCCAUGGUCAGUCAGUAGCUGGUCUGAGAUUUGAGGGACAACAUAAUCAACUUGGUGGGAACCUUAGGUUUGAGGGUCCACAUGGUCAACCAGGGGUUGGUAUCAGGUUUGAAGGCCCUUUAGUCCAACAAGGAGGUGGAAUGAGGUUUGAGGGUCCUUCUGUACCAGGAGGUGGCCUGAGAAUUGAAGGGCCUCUGGGUCAAGGUGGUCCAAGAUUUGAAGGUUGUCAUGCUUUAAGGUUUGAUGGGCAGCCAGGUCAGCCGUCACUCUUGCCAAGAUUUGAUGGAUUACAUGGUCAGCCAGGUCCUAGAUUUGAAAGGACUCCUGGUCAGCCAGGCCCUCAGAGGUUUGAUGGACCACCUGGACAGCAGGUUCAACCCAGAUUUGACGGUGUACCUCAAAGAUUUGAUGGUCCACAACAUCAGCAAGCAUCAAGGUUUGAUAUUCCUCUUGGUCUUCAAGGCACAAGAUUUGACAAUCAUCCUUCACAAAGGCUUGAAUCAGUAUCUUUCAAUCAGACUGGUCCAUAUAAUGAUCCACCUGGCAAUGCUUUUAAUGCCCCAUCCCAAGGACUACAGUUCCAAAGACAUGAACAAAUAUUUGAUUCACCUCAAGGACCAAAUUUUAAUGGACCACAUGGCCCUGGAAACCAGAGUUUCUCUAAUCCACUUAACAGAGCUUCUGGACACUAUUUUGAUGAAAAAAAUCUUCAGAGUUCUCAAUUUGGAAACUUUGGCAAUAUACCUGCUCCAAUGACAGUAGGAAAUAUUCAGGCAUCUCAACAGGUUCUGAGUGGUGUUGCUCAGCCAGUAGCUUUUGGUCAAGGACAACAGUUUUUACCAGUUCAUCCACAAAAUCCUGGAUUUGUUCAGAAUCCUUCAGGAGCCCUCCCUAAGGCAUAUCCUGAUAAUCAUCUCAGUCAGGUGGAUGUAAAUGAAUUGUUUUCAAAAUUGCUAAAAACAGGAAUUCUCAAAUUGUCCCAAACUGAUUCAGCUACAACACUGUUCCUCUGUAGAGAAUACAUGGAGAAUGGUAUUAAGAAAUUUGUAUGUCUCUUCUUAAUUGAAGAAGUAAGUGAAGUAACUGCUCAGCCUCCCCCUGAAGAGGAGGAAGAUCAAAAUGAAGAUCAAGAUGUUCCAGAUCUUACUAAUUUUACAGUUGAAGAAUUGAAACAACGUUAUGACAGUGUUAUAAAUCGACUGUACACUGGUAUUCAGUGUUACUCUUGUGGAAUGAGGUUUACAACAUCACAGACAGAUGUUUAUGCAGAUCAUUUGGACUGGCAUUAUCGGCAAAAUAGAACUGAAAAGGAUGUUAGCAGAAAAGUCACUCAUAGACGUUGGUACUACAGUUUAACAGACUGGAUAGAAUUUGAGGAGAUAGCUGAUCUGGAAGAACGGGCAAAGAGCCAGUUUUUUGAAAAGGUGCAUGAAGAAGUUGUGCUCAAAACUCAAGAGGCUGCUAAAGAAAAAGAGUUCCAAAGUGUACCUGCUGGACCAGCUGGAGCAGUUGAGAGUUGUGAAAUCUGUCAAGAACAAUUUGAACAAUACUGGGAUGAAGAAGAGGAGGAAUGGCAUUUGAAAAAUGCUAUUAGAGUAGAUGGAAAGAUUUAUCAUCCAUCAUGUUAUGAAGAUUAUCAAAAUACAUCUUCAUUUGAUUGUACACCAUCUCCCAGCAAGACACCAGUUGAAAACCCCUUGAAUAUUAUGUUGAACAUUGUCAAAAACGAAUUGCAGGAACCCUGUGAAAGUCCCAAAGUUAAGGAAGAACGAAUUGAUACACCACCAGCUUGUACAGAGGAAAGCAUAGCAACACCCUCUGAAAUUAAAACAGAAAAUGACACAGUCGAGUCAGUUUAAAUAAAAUGAGAAAGGUAUGUUUUUCUUUUUUAAAAAAGCUGCUGUUGGAUCUAGAAGGUGAAGAAUUUUUUUAUGUAUAUAUAGACAUAUCUAUAUAAAUUGUCUGGCUGAGGCAGGGCCUUCAGCUAUCAUUUGGUUAAUAAAUACAUUUUAGUAUUUGCAUUUCCUACUGCCUGCAGAGUUUCAGGUGCUUGUUGUGUGAAAGUUCUGUAGAUGUGUGCAAAUUUAACAAAAUGAAAUUGUAUGUGUAAAAAUGUACGAUUUUUCACUGUGCAACUGUAAAUUAUAAAUAAAAAAUAUUUUUGCUAUUCAUGGAGUGUAAUAUUUAUGCACACCAUCAAAUAGUUUCUGUACUUUUUAUUGGGUAAAAAUGGAAUUGAACAGCAACCUCAACAUAAGAUUUUUUUUCUAGUAGCCUCCCACUGAUUAAAGAAGCAAGUUUGAAGUUUCAUCCUUCAAAAGGGGGUUCCGAGAGAGCACCGUAGGGCUUUUCUCAAAUAGAAAAGCCAGAUUUUGAAAAAAUUUUAAAGACAAAAUAGGACAUAUUUUGCAGAUAUAUAUAUAUAUAUACACAAACACAUCUCCAGGUAUAGAGAACCAUCCAGAUGUUCACUUUUGAAAGUAUCUAAUGAUGCAAGUUUUAUUCUUGAACUUGGACACUGAUGCCAUCAAACAGUUAACAAAUAUAUUUAAGUACUAAAGGUGAUUUUUUUUAAAAGACUUUUUCAAAUUGUCAAAUGAUUUAAUGCAGAUGAACAUAUUUCUAUUUUAAGUAACGGGAAUCUGUAAGAAUGUUUGCUUGAGAUAUGGUUAACUUUUUUCUUUUGUUGGUUUUGACUUAGAUGGACACCAUGAGAUGUUAAUAUUCAUACAUGUAAUAAAUAGAAUGAUGAAGAAA